AUGCCGCACCGAGAGGACUACACCGAGUUCACGCCCGAACAAUACCCUCCGUUCCCAGACAGUCAAGAAUUCCCGGGAGUCGAGCUGAAGACCAUUUCCCUGCAAAAGCUCCUCGACCAUGAUUCCACUGAAGAAGACCGAGUAUUCGAAGCAUGCAAAGGCCGUGGCUUCUUCUACCUUGAGCUUGGUGGGCCGGAGUCCGGCGAAACCAUCCUAAAGGGCUCGGAGGAGAUUGCACGCGUUGGCGAACGGUUUAUGGCUCUACCAAACGAGGAGAAGAUGAAGUUCACGCCGAACAAGAAGGAGCUGUUUGGCUACAAAAUGCUCGGCGCAACCAAAGUCGACUCCACCGGCACCCGCGACAGCGCCGAGUUCUUCAACGUCAGCAAGAACGACAUGAUCGUCCCGGACAACGAAAUGGUGCGCCCAUGGCCCAAGGAGAUCAUGGAGAAGAAGUCGCUGUUCGCAGACUACUCUCGCUCCGCGCACGGCAUCGGCAUGCUCGUGAUGGACGUUCUCGCUCGACAGCUCGGCAUCGAUCCCGAGGAGAUCAAGAGCCGGCAUAAGAUUGAGGAGCGGGCAGGUGAUCAUGUGAGGCUUACGAGGGGGCCGCCGAGGAAGACGGUGGAGAUGCCGGAGAUUCAGACGCCUAGUCAUACGGACUUUGGGACCAUCACCAUCCUCAUGAACUGGCUUGGAGGCCUCCAAGUCUGGUCCGAGAGCUCCCGCAAAGCCGGUCCGCUCGAGCCCGAUGUCCCUGGCGAAUGGCUCUGGGUGAAGCCGAAGAAGGGUUGCGCUAUUGUGAACCUCGGCGAUGCGGCGGUGAAGUUCACAAACGGUGUACUGUGCAGCGGCAGGCAUCGUGUCAUCCCCUCUCCCGGCGAGCAAGGCAAGUGGCCGAGAUACAGCAUCGUCUACUUCGUGCGGCCAGUCGACCACUCGAGGUUGAAGACUCUGAAGGGGAAGGGCGUACCGCCGGCUGAUGAUAUGGAUGAAGAGGGGGUUGAGGCGAAGGAGUGGAUCUUCCAGCAGGCUAUGGCGUUGGGAAGUACGCAUAUUGACCAGAAGAACUGA